AUGGCCACAUCUUUGAUUAGCCCAUUUGAUGGGCCCUUUACUUUGAAUUUGUGGCAUGGAGACAGUACGGCCCAAUUCUUGUGUACGUCAAAAUCACCGGGUACUUGGCGAGACCCCAUCAUGCGGAAACCAAAGACCUCAUGCAUCACCUUGUUAUCAACCUUGUAUUCUUUACCUUUCAUCCGGAAAGCGAAAGACUUUCCUUUGUCUUGUGGUACAAAUGUGGUAAAGAAUUCAACCGAUAGAUCCUCGCAUGCCACAUUGUCCAUGGCUUCGUACUUCUCAAUAUUGAGUGCCUUCAAGUAUUUCCUCACGUCAUCCGAGAUUUUUAAUGAGUCUAGCAACUCCCAAUCAAGUGUCCUUGGGAUCCGGCAUUUCAUCUUCAUGAGGCUUUCGGUGUCCGAGUUCGAGUUGCUAUUGUUCGAGUCCGGUGAAGAAGGCGGGGUUCUCCAAUUAUGGCUUACGAGAAGACAACCUUGCCGAAAUAUAAGUUGCCGGAAAGAGGGAGUGUCCAAACCCGGUCAGAAUAAGUGGCCGGAGGUGGUGUUAUCGCCGGAGAUUGGAGAUGAAAGGAACGAUUUUCUCGAGCGGAGU